AUGCUUAAAGGAGUGAAAGUACGUAAGGUGUAUGAAGAUGAAAUUGAGGAACCUGUUAGAUAGAAGAAAGUUAGAAUUAUGGAUGAUCAAUUGCACAAAUAAAGAAUUAAGGAGAAAGGACUACAAUUUGAUGACUUAGAGGAUGAUGAUCAAAAAUCAGAUCAUCAAAAAACUAAAUAGGAAAAGAACAAGGAAAAUUAAAAGAAGGGCGAAAUGCUGUUUUAGUAAAGAUAAUAAUAGAAGGCGAUUUCUGAAUGCGAGUUUUGUUUGAGCAAUGAGAAAUUAAGUCAAUAUUACAUUCUAAGUCAAAGCAACAAUGUGAUGCUAGUGUUGCCAAAAUAAAGGUUUUAUAAUGCUUACACUCACUUGUUGAUAGUGCCAAUGGAACAUGUUUAAUGCAUUAGAGAUGUGGAAGAUGAGACUUAUGAAGAGAUCAGAAACUUUUAAAAAUGUUUGGUUGGAGCAUUUGAUAAGGCAAACUUGGAGUGCAUAUUUUAUGAGAAUGCUUUCAAGUUUAAAUAUGUCCCUCAUGCAAUUAUUGAAUGUGUUGCUAUACCAUAUAAGAUUAGCAAGGAGGCUAAUUUAAAUUUAUAUUUCAAACAAGGGAUGGAUGAAUUAGAUGGAUUCUGGGCUACUCACAAAAAGAUCAUUGAAAUUCAAAAGAAUAAGGGAGGCAUAAGGAAAUAGAUUCCAAAAGGAUUUGCAUAUUUUUAUGUAGAUUUCAGUUUAAAAUUGGGAUAUGCUCAUGUGAUUGAGAAUGAGAAUAAUUUUUCAUCGAAUUUUGCUAGAGAGAUAUUGGCAUCGAUUCUGAGUGUCGAGAAAUCAAAUGUUUUGAGUCCGAAGCCAAGAACUGAGUAGGAAGCCAAAUAAGAGAAUGACGCAUUUUAAUUAAUAUGGAAAUCAUACGAUUGGACGAGGAUGUUAAAAUAGUGA